AUGUUUACAAACACAACAAGACAAGAAGGAGUCAAUGGGAGGUACAAUUCGGACAUUUUUACCUCUAAACUUACACCGUCGGCUGACAUUGCGGUUGGAUUUGCAAUAAUGUUAAUAGUGAUAGUAUCAGUCCUGGGAAAUGGAGUCGUGUUGGUGAUUUCUUAUCGCCGCAGGAAGAAGAUCAGAGGCUCAGAGUUGCUCUGUGUUAAUUUAGCAGCGGUUGACUUUCUCUGUUGUAUCUGCUUAUACCCGCUGUCAAUCAUUUCAUCCUUCAAUCACGCGUGGCUGGGACGUCACGUCUCCUGUGUGUACUAUGGUUUAGGAUGCUUUAUCUUUGGCCUGUGUGGCAUGUUCACCAUAGCUGGCAUCAGUCUCAUCCGCUACAUCAAAGCUUGCUAUGGUAAGAUCACAACUGUGUGGAUAGAGGCAUCCAGCAUCCGUCUGGUGUGUGUGGCCACAUGGUUAACUGCAGCCGUUUGGUCGUCUUUUCCUCUGUUUGGCUGGGGCGAGUACGUGCCUGAACCGUAUGGCAUCUCUUGCACGGUGGCCUGGCGUCGGUACCACACGUCAAAGACAGAUGCAGCGUACGUGAUCUGUACCUUCGUCUGCUUUGUGCUCAUCCCGGUUCUGCUCAUCGUGACUUCACAGUGCAGAAUCCUGCUGAAGGUCUUUCACUUCUCACGUGCCCUCUCCAUCAGAGGCAUCCAGAACAACCUCCGGCAGACAGAGAAACAUCUGUCUGUGAUGUUUGUCUGCAUCAGCAUGGGUUUUGUCAUUGCUUGGGCUCCCUACACGGUUGUCUCCUUUCUGUUCAUCUUUUAUAAGGAUGCACGGUACAUGGCACCAGAGGGCUUUGUCUUUCCUGCGCUCUUUGCCAAAAGCUCCCACAUAUACAACCCUUUCAUUUACUUUUACUUUAACAAAACGUUUAGACAGGAGCUCCGAAGCCUCCUGUUUGCUGUAUGGCCAAGGCUGGCCCGUAAACGUAUUGGAGUUGUUAAUCCCAUUCAGAUACAAGUACAGGAGCAGACUGUGGCAUCUAACCAACUUCAGGACAAGAGUGACCAGAGGCCUGGCCUAAACAGACAUGUAGUCUGCUGGGUCUCAAAGAUACAAGUGACACCGAUAAAUGACGAGCAGAGGGCUGAUCGUCAGUUCUUAUCCACUUCCUAGAGGUCCGUAAGUGUGCGUUUCAUAUAUGUAAUGCGUUUCGACGUCAUUAAAUAAUACGUAAGGUAGUAUGAGUACUGUUAGCAACACCAUCUCAUGUGCAUUUGUAUAUUUUUGUACAAUUUGUUUUUACCCCUGUGACGUUGGGGUUAGGUGCAGGGUUUAAUUAUUGUUAAUCCUAUGAUUUUGUACAAUUCAUACAAAUUAGCAAAGUUGUUAAAUAUGUACAAAUUCUUGUAAGAUCAGGCUGACUGUUAGAAAUGUUACACUAACUAAAGCAAUACAAAAAAUAUGGCAUGAAACAUUUUAAGAUUGAUUUUAAUUAUUCCAAAGAAUAAAGUUUUAUAUAACUCAUAUUCUGAAGAAUAUAGCAAUCUCUUAAAGCUGCGUUGUGUAAUUUCUGUCUCACUAUACUGCACUAAGAAUAGCAAAAUAGACAAUGACGUUCAAACAGAAUUCUGUUCACCCCAUUGAUUGAACAAUGUCCUGACCUCACCUCACUGGAAAGAUUCAAUUUAUGUUUUUUUAUUUGUUUGUACAAUAAAGCUUUGCUUUUCUUCGAGGAAAUAAUUCGUUUACUUAAGGGUCAUUGCUGCAAAGGUCAUUCACAUAAUGGGUAAAUUCAAAAUGCAGUUUUUGCAUCCUUGAAGUGCAUUGUGGGAAGCCAACGCUAUUGAAUUGUUAAUCAUUUUCAAACGAAAUUAGUGCCUACAUGAAGGGCUCUUCCACAAUGCCAAGUGUUUUCAGUAAGGUUGAAACUGUAAUCCAGGGUCUCUCUUUGUUUAGUCGAGAAGAAAUAAAUUUUUUUAAAGAAAAACAUUCUAGGAUUUUUCU